AUGACCAGCGCCGCAGUGCUCAGGAUGAACCCGGCGGACAACAAUCCGGCAUCUCGCAUGUCCAUCUCGAGCAGCCGCAAGAGCAUCCUCGCCGGCAUCGACGCUAGCGUUACCAAGUACUCUACAAUUUCGGCGAGCGAUGGCAGCAGCAGCCUCAAUGACGGCCGCGACUCGUACAUCCGAGAUGACGCUUCCGCUGACUACAAUCAGCAUCUCGUCCCUGUCUCCAACACCGAUGCUCUUCUUCGCACGCGCAGUGUCUCGUCUGCAACGCAGCAGAGUCAAAAAUCAGGGCGUGCUUCCCGAAGCGCAUCCAUCGCUUCUCGCGUUCAGGCUUCUCCUGUUCGCUCUAACGCCGCCUAUGCCUCGUCCACCACGGGUGGUGAUGAAGGUUACCUUGCAGCCCCCGCUAUUUCUGGCGCUGGCGCCGGCGUCAAUGGACGAUCCAGAGGCUUCUCAGCCGCCAGCCUCGGUCUCAAAAAGAGCAACUCGAACCUCUCCCAGAGCGACGCACGCUCCAUCGAUUCCCGCAGAGGCUCUUCGGGCAACAGCUUUAUCAACCUCAUCCGCAACCGAAGCCGCAACUCGUCUCAGACCAAUCUCACCACCCCUGAACUAGCUUCUGACCCUGCAUAUGCUCCCGACCCCUCUUCCGGUGGUCGUCUGCGCAGAUUCAGCUCGGCUUCUCGCAAGAUGAGCCUCAAGAUGCCCGGCCUCGGCACACGGUCCAGCUCCGCCUCGAUUCGUAGCAAUGUCUACGACGAGCCCGAGCAGCUUUCCCCCGUACCUGCUGUUCCUGCUAUCCCCCCUUCAUAUCCGAACGCCGGCAAGACAAACGGGUACAAGUCAGUGGGUGCCCCCGAUUUUUCUACAGUGGGCUCGGGUCGAUCGAGGAGGUUCAGCAGGGCCGCAAGUGUCGGUGCUGCCGCUCAGCAGUCUCCAGCCGACAAUGGCACCAACGACGAUGCUGCUGCCGUUUCUCCUACCAGCCUGGUUGCCGAUGCUUACGCCAAAGCGGACGAUCUUUUGGAGCGAGCGCGGGCCAAAAGAUCCGCCAGUGGUUCCCAACGCCCGACGCGCGAUUUGUCCGAGCCACCACUCUCUGCCGAUAGGGCAGACGACUCGAGCAGCAACCGCAAGGGCUUCCUCUCUUCCACCACAGCCAAGGUGAGCGGUGCCGCAGGCGCUGGAGGCGCCGCACUUCUGGGUCUUGCUCGCAGAAAGUCGUCUCGAAGCCUGCAUGGCAAGGACCAGGACGACUCCAACGGCAAUGCCAAUGUCAAUGGAAUGGCCGCUGCUCACUCUGAUGAAGCUAGCGAUGAUGAACACGACAGCGCCAGCGAGCAGGGAGAAUCCGAAGAUGAGGACGAGGUAGAGGAAGACGACGAGUUGCCUCGUCGCAAUGCUAGACCUGUCAAGGGUCGCGGUGGUGUUGCGGCUGCCCCUGCCCCUGCUGCUGCCUCGACUGCCAGCGAAGACGAGGACGACGAGAGCGAAGCCGAAGACGACGAGAGCGAAGCCGAAGACGACGAGAGCGAGGCCGAGGAAAACUCGGAAGCCGAGUCCGAUCAGGACAGCUCGAGCGAAGACGACUUCCACGAUGCUCCACUCGCCGACAUUUCCGAAGGCGAGGAAGAGGAGGACGAAGACCACCACUCUCACCACCGAGGUGCCAAAGCAGGUGCCUCUGCUGCUGCGCUUGCCGGUGCUGGUGCCGCUGCCCGUCAUCGUCGCAAUAAGUCGGGUUCUUCUGGCCGCAGCGUGCGCAACGGCAAUGCUCCCGGAUCUUCCUACAGACCCAGGGGGACCGCCGCUGCCUCUCGUCGUGCAGGCCCUGCCACCGAUCCCUACCUAGGCGGCCACGUCUCGUCCUCCUCCGACACGCGUGCUCGCGCUGACACCUCGCAGGCCGUCAGAGACAAGGCUGCCCGCGUAGCCAAACUCACCACCAAGGAAGUUAGCAUCAGCGCCCAGCAGCUGCGCGAGGACAUCGAAGUGGCUCGCCACGCGCUCAACCUCUUCCUCAACUCGCGCAUGAUCGAAGCCGAACGCAUCAUCGAGGAGUACGCCGACAGUCGUCUAUACUAUGCGCUCGGUUACGCGCUCAUCGCCACCAUCAAGGGCUUCAUGACGUUCGAGCCUGCCGAUCUUGCCAUCGCCAUUUCGCUCUGCAAGGAUGCGCUGACCAUUGCGAGCUUGCUACGAAAGCCGACGAGUGCUGUCUCGAGCUUUGGACGUUUCGUGAGGGGUACAGGCCAGAGUCCCAGCGCGCUCUCGCAGAUGGACGAAGUGCAGAGGCAUGCCGAGCUCGUUUAUGCCGAAGCGGUGCUCUUGAAGGCCGUGCUGGGAAUCGCGUAUGCCGGUGACUUUUUCGCCUUUGUCUCGGAGGCGCUGAACAUGCGUAACGCCUACGGCAUCUAUCGGUCGUUGCAAAAAUUCGUCGACUGGUCUGAAGAGAAAGGCGAGCGUUUGGACGAAGACUUCAAGAGCGGUGUCUAUCUCGGUAACGGUAUGAUCAGCAUGAUUCUGGGUCUCGUGCCCGGCAAAGUGCUCAAGAUCAUGGAGGUGUUUGGCUACACGGGCGAUACUGCGUGGGCGAUGAAGACGCUAAGCAAAGCGGGACAGUGGAGUGACGAUCCGAGGCAGACCAAGCCGGGCAGGUCGAUCAAAGAGGAAGGUGUGCGUCGACAGAUUUGCGACAUGUCGCUGCUGGCUUACCACCUGGUCAUUUCGACCUUCAUCCCCGUCAACGGCGUCGACAUCGAGUUUGCGGACAAGGUGCUCCACUACAACCUGCGACGCUACCCCGAGGGGGUUUUCUUCCUCUACUUUUCCGGACGACUCUACUCGACGCAGGCGCUGGCCGAAAAGGCGAUCACGCAGUUCGAGACGGCACGAGACGUGCAGAAGGAGUACGUGCAGCUCAAGCACAUUUGCAUGUGGGACUUGUCGCUGUGCAACAUGUCGUUGACCAAAUGGAAGGAGGCGUACGAGCAGUUUACUAUCCUCGCCGACGAGAAUAACUGGUCCAAAGCCGUGUACAACUACGGACGUGCUGCCAACCUGUACGAGUCUGCGGCCGGGCAGGAUCGACGUGCGGUGGAUCAAGCUGCCGACAUCUUCCGCAAAGUGCCGACGCUAACGCAGAAGAUUGCGGGCAAGUCUAUUCCAAUGGAGAAGUUCGUUGCGCGCAAGUCGAAGAAGUUUAUGACCUACGGAAGGCUGCUACUGCCCGGACUGGAGUUCGCCUAUGUCUACCACUGCCUCUCCAACGCGCCUCGUUACGUCUUGUGCGACGAAGCGCUCGUCAUGGUCAGCGACGCGCUCGCCGACUUGCACGACGUUGAAGACCCCUCGCAGUACUAUUCGGGUGAAGAGUACUAUGACGAUCUGUGCCUCGCCCACUUUUUGCGCGGUGUCUGUCUCAAGUUCAUCGCAUGCCCCGAAAAGCACUCGAAGAUUCGGCCUAAGGAAUCGCCCAUCCCGGAACAGGAAGCCGCGGAGCAGGCAGAGAUCAGCUUCAAGACGGUGCUCGAGCACGGACACCAGCUCAAACUCGAUCAUUGGUUGGUCUACUUUGCGCACUACGAGCUCGGUAGGCUGUACGCGGGGACGGGCAGGCGUGGAGAGGCCAAGGAGCAGUUCAACUUGGUGUUGAGCCAGAAGACGUUGGAGGACAAGAGUAGCAGGAAGGGCAAGUACAGCUUGCAGAACAUGGUGCACUUGCGUGCGAACGGUGCGUUGAAUGCUAUUGAUGGUAGUGGCAAGUAA